UUAUAAAAAUGUCUGGGAAAAUAAAAAAUAUCGAAAACCAGACAGAGUGAAAACAGAGGAAGCUAGAAACAGAAGAGAAAAAUUAAAGAAAAAUGAAGAAGUUUCAGAUCUGGUUAGCCUUUGGGACCUUGUCCUUGGUAUUGGCAUCAGCCUUGGCGGCCGACGUCGUUGUACUAACCGAAGAAAAUUUCGACAAGGAAGUUGGUCGAGACAGGGGAGCUCUCGUCGAGUUCUAUGCUCCGUGGUGUGGUCACUGUAAGAAGCUAGCCCCCGAGUAUGAGAAGCUUGGGGCGAGUUUUAAAAAGGCUAAAUCUGUCUUGAUUGGAAAGGUGGACUGUGAUGAGCAUAAGAGUGUAUGCAGCAAAUAUGGUGUUCAAGGCUACCCAACUAUUCAGUGGUUUCCUAAAGGCUCUUUGGAACCUAAAAAGUAUGAAGGACCACGCACCGCAGAGUCCCUUGCUGAGUUUGUAAACACUGAAGGAGGGACCAAUGUGAAGAUAGCCACUUUGCCAUCCAAUGUUGCAGUGCUAAAUGCUGAUAAUUUUGAUGAGGUUGUCCUUGAUGAGACCAAAGAUGUGUUGGUUGAGUUUUAUGCACCUUGGUGUGGGCAUUGCAAAAACCUUGCUCCUACCUACGAAAAGGUAGCUACAGUAUUUAAAACAGAAGAAGAUGUAGUGAUAGCUAAUUUAGAUGCUGACAAAUACAGAGAUUUAGCUGAAAAGUAUGGAGUAAGUGGGUUUCCAACAUUGAAAUUCUUUCCAAAGGGCAACAAAGCUGGUGAAGACUACAAUGGUGGCAGGGAUUUGGAUGACUUUGUUAUUUUCAUCAAUGAGAAGUGUGGUACCAGUCGUGAUGCAAAAGGGCAGCUAACUGCAAAGGCUGGUAUUUUGUCAAGUUUGGAUGCAUUGGUGAAGGAGUUUGUGGCUGCUAGCAGUGAUGAGAAGAAAGCAGUCUUUUCUAAGAUUGAGGAGGAAGUUGAGAAGCUCAGGGGUUCUACUGUGAGGUAUGGAAAGAUAUACUUGAAAGCUGCUAAAAGCUGUUUGGAGAAAGGUGCUGAUUAUCCCAAGAAGGAAAUUGAGCGGCUGCAGCGCAUUCUUGACAAGUCAAUAAGCCCAGCAAAAGUUGAUGAAUUCACUCUCAAGAAGAAUAUCCUAUCAACAUUUGCAUGAACUUCAUAGAUGGAGUCAAUUUUCAUCCACAUUUCUAAGUAUUGGUUUUCCUCCCAGUGCUGUUACCUAGACCUGUUUCACUCUAAUUUUAAUCUUUGAGUGGAUCUUUUGGCAGCAAAUGGCUAGGCCCUGAUUUGAAUUAAGCACGUGGGUGCAGGAGCAGUAAACAACUUUCUUGUCUAGCUAGAGCAGCGAUUUAAUUCAGCAUUCUUCAAAUUUGUGCCCUUUUUUACGUUUUAGAGGUUUUUUUUUUUUUUUUAAUCUCCCUAGCAGAAUCUAGAAAUUUAAUUAUAGCUUAGCUGGAUUUAAUAAACAGCAAGUUAUGGGACAUCUGUUCAAAACUAAAGCUGCUUGCCCAGUUGAAGUUAUCAUGUUGUUGGACUCUACUAUUCGAGUCUCUAAUAAAGAUAAGUUUUCUGAAAACAACCGCUGCUGGGCCAUGCAAGUGGCAUUGGAGGGCUAAUUUGAGAGGUAGGCUAACUUUUCUUUGGUUUACAACAUUUUUGAAUAACACGUUUAAUGAAGCUUGGAUAAG